AUGUCUGAUAACGUUGCUCAUGCUCUUUCUGGUGCCGGUGGAGGUAUUGUCUCUAUGGCCUUGACCUAUCCUCUCGUUUCCAUCAGUUCUCGUCUCCAAGUUCAAAAGAACGAUGCUAGCAAGGAUGCUUACAAGAACACUUUGGAUGCCUUUGUCAAGAUUCUCGCCAAGGAAGGCCCCAAAGGCUUGUAUUCUGGUUUGAGCUCCGGCAUUUUCGGUAUUGCCAUCACCAACGGUGUCUACUACUACUGUUACGAAGCUGUUAAAGCUAUCUUUGAAAAGGCCAAGGGUAAGGGUAAGCCCAUGAGCACUGGCGAAUCCAUGCUUUCCGGUGCCAUUGCUGGUUGUGCUGUCGUUAUGGCUACUCACCCCAUCUGGACCGUCAAUACUCGCUUGACAGUUAAGAAGGGUGUUGAAGGUGAUGAGAAGGCUGCCAAGGCCAAUGCUCUCUCUGUUGGUGCUCAAAUCCUUAAGACUGAAGGUAUUGCCGGUCUUUAUGCUGGUGUUCGUGCUGCUUUGGUGCUGGUCAUCAACCCUAUCAUCCAAUAUACCGUCUUUGAGCAAAUCAAGAACAAGGUCUCUAAGCACAAGACUCCUGGUAACCUUGAUUUCUUCCUUAUGGGUGCUAUUUCUAAGCUUUGUGCCACUGCCAUCACUUAUCCUUACAUUGUCAUCAAGUCUCGUAUGCAAGUCAGCCAACAAGGUGAAGAAAAGUACAGCUCCAUCUUGGAUGGCUUCAAGAAGAUCAUUGCCACUGAAGGUGUUACUGGCCUCUAUAAGGGUAUCUCCUCCAAGAUUGUUCAAUCCGUUCUCUCUGCUGCUUUCUUGUUCCUUGCCAAGGAAGUUUUGUUUGACUGGUCUGUCUGGGUCCUUGUUCUCCUCGGUGCUCGUAAGGCACGCAUUGCUGCCCCCGUUAAGGCUUAA